AUGAACCUCGUGCUCUCCAGGGACAGCCAGGUCCGAGUGAUGGAAGCCACGGUGGCCAAUGCUGACAAGUACCUGGGACAGCUCUGCUCGCUGCUGGCCGCCUACACGCGCAAGACAGCGCGGCUGCGCGACAAAGCCGACCAGCUGGUCAAGUGGCUCAUUGGCUUCGCCAACACCGAGAGCCCCGAGCUGCGGGCCACCCUGAGGGACUUCGCCGAGGACCUGGCCAAAAUACAGGAUUACCGGCAGGCCCAGGUGGAGAGGCUGGAGGCCAAGGUUGUCAACCCCCUGAAGCUCUACGGGGCGCAGAUCAAGCAGAGCCGGGCGGAGAUCAAGAAAUUCAAACGUGUCCGAAAUCAUGAGAUCAAACAACUGGAAAAGCUGGAGAAACUGAGGCAGAAGUCACCCUCGGAUCGGCAAAAGAUCUCCCAGGCCGAGAGCAGCGUGCAGAGGGCCUCGGGGGACGCCAGCCGCACCACGCAGCAGCUGCAGGAGGCGGUGGACGGCUUCCAGAGGCAGAAGCUGCGGGACCUCCAGAAGAUGUUCCUGGACUUCGUGACGGUGGAGAUGGUGUUCCACGCCAAGGCGGUGGAGGUGUACUCGGGCGCCGUCCACACCCUGCAGAGCUACGACGUGGAGCGAGACCUGGAGGAUUUCAGAGCCAAGAUGUGGGCAGCAUACGGGCACUCGGACUGCCGGCCACUCCCCGGCACCGCCCCCUCUCCGUCUCUGCUGUGGUCCCGGGCCAGCCAGGCCCAGGCGCUCACUCGGAGCGAGAGGGAGGAGGCGGUGGCCGGCGAGGCGGACUCGGCAGAGGACAGCCCCGAGGAGGGCCGCGGCUAG